AGCUUAUCAGUUUAUCACCAUACACUCUUAUAUUAAGUAUUCAUAUGGUUUUUUUUAUCUUUUAAAUCGUAUUAUCAUUAUAAUAGUACGUACUAGGUAUCACAUUUAUAUUUCAUUUAACUUGUCCUUCAGAAUCCAUAGGAAAUUUGUGACAAUUUAUUAUUAGGUAAAAUUUGUUUUAAUUGUCCGUGUGUAAUAUUUAUUGUUAUUAUUUUGUUGAUUUGUGUGCGUUGUUUAAGGUUUUGAAACAGAUUGGACUUAUCAUGGCCUCUACUACUGCACAGAACUUUAAGCAAGAUAUGCCGCCAGAAGGUGGCUAUCGGAAAGUUAAUUUUGCUCGAGUGUUUCCUAAGCCAUUCGCCAGCAGUAAGUAAACAUAUCACUGUAACUAAAGAAAAUGAUGUCCAAACAAAUUUCAUGUUUAUUAAAUAUCAAUUCUGUACCUAUUGAAUAAUUGUUAUAAUAUUUACAGUACCUACUUUUCAGUUAUCUUGACUAUGUACCUACGAUUUGCCGGUAAUCAAAAUUUGGCCAUCUCAACUACCCGAUUAAGAGGACGCUAUACCCACAUCUACUGUUUCAGUCCAACUACCAGUUAACAUGCAAAAACAAUGUUUACUUAGAAUAAGUAAAACUAGCUGAAUUUUGAUUUUAGAGUAAAAGUACCUAUUAUAAAAUUUAUACAUUUUGGAGGAAAUAUAGUGUUUUUGUAUUAUUCAAAAUGUACAACUUGAUGUAAAAGAAAACCUUUAUUUUUAAAUUACUGUAACAUUUUUAAUAGUUUAUAAUUCAUAAAACACCUAGUCCAUUCCCUCCAAAAUAUUGUUUUUUAUUAAUUUCAUAAUAGGUACUUUUACUCUAAAAUUAAAAUUAAGCUAGUUUUACUUGUUCUGCAUGAGUAUUGUUUUUAUAUGUUACCUGGUAGUUGGAAUGAUACAGUAGAUGCGGGUUUAACGUCCUCUAAACUUCUCUAAUUGGGAAUUUUUCAAUUACAAGUUUGACAUGAGGUUGCACUUGUAUCAAAUUGUACGCUAAACAUCAAUCAGCCAAGAAUAUUUGUUACUCAAGUGUGAGUUUAUGUCGGAUUUUAAUUGAAAUCAGACCUCAAUUUUUUACUAAAAUCACGUUAGGUUAGGUAAUAACAGAGAACCAAAAUAGUCUGUGUUAGUCGUGAUAACUGAAAAGUACAGUAUUAUUAUUUACUGUUUAAAUAAAGCAUAUUAUAUUUAUUAUGUUAUAGAUACAAAUGUAGAUUGAAAGUAAUUUUCAAGUUAUAUACUUUUUAAAUAGUUAUUUCUCAAAAAUCAAUACUUUUACUUCUUUGAAUACAUUAACUAAAUAAAAGUACAUUUACACCAAAUUUUUUUUUAUUAAAAUCUACAUCAUAAAUUAAUUUUAUUCAACCAUACGAUUGCAAUAGCUAGCAUUGAAUAAUUAAAUUAAAUUUUUGUUGAAAUUUGUUAUGCAACUAUUUAUAUUUUUAUUAAAAGUUUAUUUAAAUUUUUCAUAAAUAUUUAAAAUAAUGUUUCUAUUUAUAUUUUAGCUAGAGCACUUGUUGGUACAUAUUUGGUUUCCACGGGUAUUGGCUUUUAUCUGUAUCUAUUGAAUGAUAAAGAAAUUGACCAUUACCAAAUUGAAUCACGUAGUGCACUUAUUGCUUUAAAACCAUUAUUGGACGCUGAAGCAGAUAGAGAGUAAGUAAAUUAUAAAUAGGAUUAUGAAUUUCUACUAUUUAAAAAUCACAAAAUAAAAUAUUUAAAAAAAAAUUAUUUAUACAAUAUCCAAUAAAAAUAUAAUUCAAAGUAAAACUGAUUUAACUUUACUCCCAGACAGAUAAUUUAAACAUUUUAAGAAAAAAACUUGGUAUUUAAAAAUAUUUUUAAGAUAAGGUUUAUAAUAAUACCAUAAUAUACUUAAAAAUAGAGAAAUUUUAAAAAAUAUGAAAUAUACAAUUUAAAAUAUAUACUUAUAGUAUUAUCAAACAUAUUUAUUUAUUAUAUAUUUUCUUUAGUUAUCUUAAACAGUUAAGGAAAAAUCGUGAUGUUGAAAAUAAAUUGAUGAAAGAUGUCAAAGGUUGGAAAACGGGUACUUAUUAUGGUGAGCCUGUGUAUAAGACAGUUCCCAAAGAAAAAAUUAUUCAUCCCAGUUUAAAUGAAUACUAUGCACAUGCCGAUCCAAAAACUUUAGAAAAUAGGGCAUACUGGCAUAAGAAUUUAUAAAUAUGUAAGUAUUAUUUUAAUGAUUUAUUAAUUUUAUAAAUUAUACUACUGGGUUCUAUAAAUAUUUUAAUAUGUUUAUACAUGUGUUAUAAUUAAAAUAUUAUGUAACUAAAAAUAUACACUAAUUUGUUUCUGUUGUAAUCUAACCCAAUGUCUUGUUUUGCCAUAAAUAAAAAUAAAUCUUCUUUUCGACGUAAGUUUGAAUUUCCUGUAUUAUGAUUAUACUAUUAUGUCAUCAAAAAAAACUUUAGUGUUUAGAUGAAUAACUUUUCUCAGCUUAUCAGUCAGUUAAGCAUUACUACCAUCACAAAAUAUCUGUCUCUGUCUGUAUUGUAUACCAACUCAAAAGUCAUGUUCUCUUGGUCUUUUAUAUCAUGAACAAUAACAUCCACCUAGCUGGUUCUGAGUCUUCUUAACCCGAGAACACUUGACCUGCAAUAUUUAACAUUUAACUUAUUUUUAGAAUAUAUAUUAUCCAUUAAAUUAUAAAUAAUUGCAUUUUCACUAAUGUUUUAUUUAAAUUUCUAUAAAACGUAUCCCACCAUAGUUAUUGUCGAUAAGAUUAUAGAAUGACAAUUAUUUAAAUUUUUUAAUCGACAAUAUGUAAAUUGUUAGUAAUAAUCUAAUUUUUAAACUUAAAUAAUUAAUUAAUAAGUAAUUUUAACAGGUUGGAAAUAAUCAAAGUUUUAAUAAUAUACCCUUAUUAAAUCAAUCUAUUAUUUGUUUAUACUUUUUAAUGCUAAAUUAGCAGCUAUAAAUUAAAACUUAAAAUGUGAAUAAAAAGAACACUAUUUCUGUAAUGGAAUUGGGGGGGGGGAGGGACUGAGACAUCAAAACAUAGUCUAGUUAAUAAUGCAAAAAAUACAAAUUGAAAAAAAAUGGGAUUGAUUUUUUGAUGAAAUUAUGUAAAUUUAUAAAUUGUGUGAAAUAAAACAGUUGAGUGAUUCUGGGUUAAUAGUCAUUCUCUGUUUAUUUUCUUUAUCAAUUGGCACAUUUCCACAUAUAUCCAAACCAUUUAAGACAAUUGCUUUUUAUAAAGAAUAGAAAAUCUGCCCUAUGAGCCUGUUUAGUUUUGGUUUUAAUUUUUAAUUUUUUUGUAGGUUUGUGAUUGUAUUAUGAUUGUUUUAUUUCAAAUGUAUGGAUUUUUCAUAUUUGUAUAAAUAAAAAUAAUACAAUUAUAUUCUUGUUAAGUAAAUUAAAAUACAAUUUAAGGAUUUUAAGAAGUAUUUAGUAGUUAUAGGGUUGGAAGUAGUCAAUGGUUUGAAAAUAAGUGAGGAACGUGACUAAAAAAUGACUUCCAUAUAAAAAUAAGUGACUUACAUUAACAAAAAAUACAAUUAUUUAACAUCAAUAGUAGUAGUUAUAAGCAAUAAUUAUAAUAUGAUAGGUUAGGAUUGGUAUAAUGGUAUGAUAGGUUAACAACCACUUUAUUUAAGAAUUUAGUGAUAAUUUAAAAAUGAAUAACAACUUUAAUUAUAACUAAACAAUUUUUUAAAAAUAUUCCAGCGUUUGGUAGUAUUAGGUUAAACUUAUAUAAGACUAAAUUUUUUUUUCAUUACAGUAAAUUAUUACAAUAUAAGAUACUAAGAUCUCAUAAUAAAUAUCAAUAUAAUUAUUUUUUAUAAAAUUGUGUGAGAAUAAUUAAAAUGUGACUUUAAAUGAGAAAAGUGAUCCAUCUCUGAGUAUUUGUAUAAUUUGAACAAUAAUUUAUUUUAGGUUUUAUCUAAUAUUUUGUACGGCUAAUCCUAUUUUGUUUUUUUAAAUUAUUUUUCAGAUACAUGAUUGCAGAUAAUGUUUUCUACAAAAAAUAAAAGUUUAAAAUUGCAUUAAUUUUUUUUCUUUUAUGUUAGUAAAUGUAAUAAAAUAAAUAGAAAUUGCAAACAAAUUUUACAUUUAACAUUUUGUAGAUAUUUGUGAUAAUAAAAAAAAAAAAUUGAAAAAUGUGUUAAAUAUUAAAUUAGAUGAGUUUAUAUAAGUAUGUAUUAAAUCAUAGUCUUGUUUAUAGUUACAUAUAAAAUAUAUUACACUUUAGUACAAUAUUAAUAUAACUGUAAUAAAAUUGAAAUCUGAUUAAAUUAUUUAUGAGAUUUAUACUUAGAGUUUAAGGUAUAAAUUUCCUGUUUGGAUCAUAAUUCAUUGUUGAUAUCUAAAUACACAUUUUUUCUUAAAUUCUGAAAAAAAAUCAAUUUUUUGACAGCAAACUAUAAUUUUAAUCAUUCAAAAAAAUGCAUUAUACGAAAGCAAUUAAUUCUACCUAGUAUUUAAAAUUAAAGACAUUUUUAAUUACUAAAGUAUUUGGAUUUGUUAACUUUCAGCCGUUGCUCUAUCACUAUCGCAUCAAGAAAAUGCUGAUUUGUUUAUAAAAGUGUAUGUGGAGAUUUUUAUACAUUUGCAUACUAAUUUUAAAACAAAUUUUAUUUGAUUUAUUUACUUAAAGCAGCUACAAUUACCUCGUUGAGUUUGAAAACAUUUUUAUUUUUGGCAUAAUAUAUUUUAGUAUUGUAUAAUUCAGCUAAAAAAUAGUUUUAUUUAUAAAAUUAAAGAAAAUGUGAGGAAUCGACUAAAAUAGAGAAUUAAAGUUUUAGACUUAUGACAUAGAAAUAAAAAUAUUAAUAUUUUUAUUUGUCAUUCUUAUGUAUAAUGUUGGAAUGAAAUUCAAUUUGAUACAUCAUAGUACCAUAAAGUCCGUAAUGAAUAUUGUUUACUAUCCAUUAAAAAAUAAUUAUGUAC